GAGAACCCAAAUGUGGAGGGUUCGAAUUUCCUCAGACAAGGCUGAGCUGAGUAGAGAGCCCCUUCGAUUUUGAGUUACGUACACGCUGCCUUCUUCCGUGUCUCACUGUAGCAUCUUUCUCUUCCGCUUCUGAGUACUCUACUACUCUUCUCUGCACCACUUUUUCACGUAAAUCAUGAUUAUCCAAGGUUCUUCGACUAUAACUCUUUUUUCUUUUUCUUUUUUUGCUUUUUGUGUACAUCAAUGUUUGCCUUUUUUUUUUAGAUCGUAGUCUUUGAUCUCAAUCAUACUAGAUUCUAGUUUCCCAAAUCAGUUUGAGACAUAUAAUCAGCUAUAGUUACGUUUUCUUGACUUUGUUUGACCCAAUAAAUGAUCAUGGAUUCAAGCUCUAAUUUCCUAGACGGUUUCACUGCCAUGUCACCAAAUUCUAAGGAUAAUUUCUCAAAUCUUAUAAAUGAGUACACAUUCAAUCAACUCUCUGCUCCUACUACAGACCUUAACUUCCUCGGAAGUCCAAAUCUUUCUUCUGAUUCUGAUCUGGGUCCUACUGGUUUUGAGCCCUCAAUCACCACAACCGUUGGUCUAGAGGGUCAACCAUAUGAUGCACCACAUGUUGUUUUUCCGCCUAUGUUGCAGGCAGAUUCCACGUCGUCCCCGUACGACAGUGAUUUCUCUGAAACAGUUCUCAAGUACAUAAAUCAGAUUCUUAUGGAAGAGAACAUUGAAAACAAGCCCUGCAUGUUUUAUGACCCUUUGGGUCUAGAAGACACCGAGAAAUCUUUCUAUGAUGCUCUUGGUCAAAAUUACCCCCCUUUACCAAAUCAAAAUAGCGUUGAGAGUCCUGUGUUUUCUUCAAGUAGUUAUGAUUACCGUACAACUAGUACUAGUAGUUCUAGCACUGUCAAUGAUUCUCAAGGGCUAAGUGAUCAUGGAGAGCAUAACUACCAGCCUUCUUCUUCACCGCCUCCUAUUCUGGGUGAUUACAAUGCUGUCCAGUCUAAUUUCAAGCCCACUGAUCAUAAAUCACAGUUUUUUGGGAAUUUGCCAAAUGGUAGUGUGAAUUAUUUGGGUGAUGGGAUGGAGUUCAUAGCUCAGAAUAUUUUUACAGAUAGUGAAUCGAUAUUGCAAUUUAGGAGGGGGUUAGAGGAAGCCAGUAAGUUCCUUCCUAAGAGUAAUAAUCUGGUUAUUGAUUUGGAGAGCAACGUGGUUUCUUCUUCUAAGAGGAAGGGAGAGGAUCUAAAGGUGGAAUCUUUGGUGGUGAAGAGUGAGAAAGAGAGUUAUUCGCCGGAUGGCUCAAGAGGGAGGAAGAAUCAUGCAAGGGAAGAGAUAGAAUUAGAAGAAGGUAGGAGCAAUAAGCAGACUGCUGUUUAUGUAGAGGAGUCUGAGGGGACUGAGUUAUCAGAAAUGUUUGAUAAGGUUUUGCUUUGUACCGAUGCGCCAGCUGCAAUGUACGGUGAUAAUUGUGAACAUUUACAGAAUGAUGCAAGCAAGGCCUCCUUGGAGACACAAGGUGGUAAUGGUGGGAAAGGUAGUCGUAAUAAGAAGCAGGUAAGGAAGAAGGAGACAGUUGAUUUGAGGAAUCUUUUGAUUCUUUGUGCACAAGCUGUCUCAGCAGGUGAUGGUAGAACUGCAAAUGAGUUAUUGAAGCAGGUUAGGGACCACUCAACCCCUUUUGGUGAUGGGUCUCAGAGAUUGGCUCAUUUCUUUGCUAAUGGUCUUGAGGCACGCUUGGCUGGAACUAAGGUAGGAACUCAAAUUUUUUACACUUCAUUGUUUUCCAAGAAGAUGUCAGCUGCUGAAUUGUUGAAAGCUUACCGAGUUCAUCUUUCAGCCUGCCCUUUCAAGAGGAUCACACUUUUCUUUGGUAUGAAAUGUAUUUUGCGUGCAGCAGAGAAAGCAACUACUCUUCAUGUUGUAGAUUUUGGUAUCCAUUAUGGUUUCCAGUGGCCAAUUCUGAUCCAGUUUCUCUCCAAAAGACCUGAAGGACCUCCCAAACUACGCAUUACAGGGGUUGAUCUUCCUCAACCUGGAUUCCGUCCAACAGAGAGCAUUGAGGAGACUGGUCGUCGCUUGGAAAAGUACUGCAAGCGGUUUAAUGUUCCUUUUGAAUACAAUGCUAUAGCAUCACAGAACUGGGAAACUAUUCGAAUUGAGGAGCUUAAGAUUGAAAGGAAUGAGGUGCUUGCUGUGACUUGUGCAUUCCGGACAAAGAACCUACUUGAUGAAACAAUUGAAGGGAUUAGUCCAAGGGAUGCAUUUUUAAACUUGAUAAGGCGGAUGAAACCUGAUAUUUUUGUUAAUUCUAUUGUUAAUGGGUCCUUCAAUGCCCCCUUCUUUCACACGAGGUUCCGAGAAGCACUCUUCCAUUACUCUGCAUUGUAUGACAUGUUUGAUGUUACUAUAUCCCGUAAUAAUCCAGAGAGGUUGAUGCUUGAGAGAGAGUUCUAUGGGAGGGAGAUUAUGAAUGUUAUAGCAUGUGAAGGGUUAGAGAGAGUUGAGAGGCCUGAAACAUACAAGCAGUGUCAAGUCAGGAUUUCGAGGGCUGGGUUCAAGUCACUUCCGUUGGACCAAGAGCAAAUGAAUAUGUUCAGGGCUAGGAUGAAGGCAUGGUAUCACAAGGAUUUUAUUCUUAAUGAAGACAACCACUGGCUUCUUCAGGGAUGGAAGGGCCGGAUUGUCUAUGCUUCCUCUUCUUGGGUGCCGGUUUAGGAAUCAUGUACCAUAUAUUUUUGUAAAAACGCUUUAUUUUGGGGUUGUAGAAUCUAGAAAGUGACAAUGUGUGUACUUCAGAUAGAUGAUAUUAGAAUGCCAUCAAUCACUGUCGAUUAACCUGA